AUGGCUGAGCCCACGCCAAACGACACCAAGCAACGCGACACGGAAAAACAAUCCCCGGCAUGCGCGCAAAAGGUAUCGGCCUUCAAGUCCCUCGGCUGGCUGGACAGGUUCCUCGCGAUAUGGAUCUUUCUCGCCAUGCUCAUCGGCAUACUUCUGGGGAACUUUGUGCCCAGUACUGAGAGGGUUCUCCAGCAGGGACACUGGGUUGGUGUGUCGAUACCAAUUGCAAUCGGGUUGUUGGUCAUGAUGUAUCCCAUCCUGUGCAAUGUGCGGUACGAAACGCUGCACCAGAUUCUGGGGCAAAAGGCCCUGUGGACACAGGUCCUCUUCAGUAUCGUGUUCAACUGGCUCGUUGCACCGUUCUUCAUGGUACAUGGUUCCUCCCCUCCCCCAGUACACUCAUCGGUAGGUGGAAUCGGGCUAACAAUGAAGGAAUGCAAGCUCGGCUUGGCAUGGGCUUUUCUUCCUGAUGAACCAAAUCUCCGCAAUGGCCUCAUCCUCGUCGGUCUUGGCCGCUGUAUUGCCAUGGUGCUUAUAUGGAAUGGCCUUGCGGGCGGCGACGCCGAGUACUGCGCCAUCUUGGUCGCCAUCAAUUCCAUGCUGCAAAUGGUCCUGUUCGCCCCCAUGGCUGUAUUCUUUAUCCGCGUCAUUGGACGCCCAGCCAGUGACGACGUGGCAGUACAAUACUCCGUCGUCGCAACCAGCGUGGGCGUGUUUCUGGGCAUCCCUCUCGGCGCGGCAAUCAUCACCCGCCUUGGCUUGCGGCAUCUAGCCGGCGAGAAGUGGUACAACGACAUCUUUAUGAAGUUCCUGUCGCCAUGGUCCUUGAUCGGGCUGCUGUACACGAUUAUUGUGUUGUUUGCUGCGCAGGGAAAGCAUGUAGUGCGGCAGAUUGUGAGCGUUGUGCGUGUGGCCGCUCCGCUGGUGGUGUAUUUCCUCGUCAUCUUCUUUGUGACGCUAUGGGCGACGAGGAGAUUGGGGUAUGGCUACCGCCUUGGAUGCACGCAGAGUUUCACGGCUGCCAGCAACAACUUCGAGCUAGCCAUCGCGGUGGCGGUUGCAACCUUUGGGGCGGAUAGCGAGCAGGCGUUGGCGGCGACGGUUGGGCCGCUGAUCGAGGUUCCUGUCUUGGUUGGGCUGGUGUAUUUCGUGAGAUGGAUUGGACGGCGGUGGAAAUGGGACGAGUAA